UCCCGGGGCGGGGAAUCGUGUAAUGGCGGAUGCGGGCCAAGCGAGCGCGGCUGGGGGCGUAGCGCGCUGAAGGGGGGGGGGGGGGGUCCGCCUGUGUGGCUGCGCGCGACGCUGCCCGCGGGGACAGAUCCCGUGCGAAGGGCGGCCAGCCCGCCCUUCUGUCGCUGAGGGCGGCCGCGCGAGACCAGGUGAGCAACGUCUUCACGGGCGAGUCCUGCGGCGAGGCGCCGGGCCGGGCCGCCCCUGCUGAGCGGCGCCCGCGGGGUCGCGGAGGAGGGUUGUUUUUCAUCAUUCAGAACAUUGCCUGAAGCAGGUCCACCAUGCCGUUAGUAACGAGGAACAUCGAGCCAAGGCACCUGUGCCGUCAGACGUUGCCUAGCUCUAGAAGCGAGCUGGAAUGCAAGACCAACAUCACCCUGGCAAAUGUCAUCCGACAGCUGGGCAGCCUGAGUAAAUUUGCAGAGGACAUUUUUGGAGAGCUCUUUACUCAGGCAAGUACCUUUGCCUCUCGGGUAAGCUCUCUUGCUGUGAGGGUUGACCGCCUACAAGUGAAAGUCACUCAGCUGGAUCCCAAGGAAGAAGAGGUGUCACUGCAAGGAAUCAACACCCGAAAGGCCUUUAGAAGCUCAACCAUUCAAGACCAAAAGCUUUUUGACAGAAACUCUCUCCCAGUACCUGUCUUGGAAACAUACAACACUUGUGAUGCUCCUCCCCCUCUCAACAAUCUUUCGCCUUACAGGGACGAUGGGAAAGAGGCACUCAAAUUCUACACAGACCCUUCUUACUUCUUUGAUCUUUGGAAGGAGAAGAUGCUGCAGGACACCAAGGAUAUCAUGAAAGAGAAGAGAAAGCAUAGGAAAGAAAAGAAAGAUAAUCCAAAUAGAGGGAAUGUAAACCCACGUAAAAUCAAGACACGGAAGGAAGAAUGGGAGAAAAUGAAGAUGGGACAAGAAUUUGUGGAAUCCAAAGAAAAGCCGGGGCCUUCUGGGUACCCACCCACCUUGGUGUACCAGAAUGGCAGCAUUGGCUCUGUGGAAAACGUGGACGCAGGCAGCUACCCACCGCCGCCACAAUCAGACUCUGCUUCUCCUCCGUCUCCUUCCUUCUUGGAGGAAAACUUGCCUCCCCCACCAGCAGAAUUCAGCUACCCAGCAGAUAACCAAAGAGGAUCUGGCUUGGUUGGACCCAAACGAUCCAGUGUGGUUAGCCCAAGCCACCCACCACCAGCUCCUCCUCUGUCUCCACCAGGCCCCAAGCCUGGUUUUGCUCCACCACCUGCCCCUCCACCUCCACCUCCCAUGAUGGGCAUUCCACCCCCACCCCCACCUGGAGGAUUUGGGUCUCCAGGGACCCCACCACCACCUUCACCUCCAUCUUUCCCACCUCACCCUGGUUUUGCACCUCCACCUCCUCCCCCACCGCCAGAAGCUGACUAUCCAACCCUGCCACCCCCACCCUUGUCUCAACCAACAGGAGGAGUACCCCCGCCGCCUCCUCCUCCUCCUCCUCCUCCAGGGCCCCCUCCUCCCCCUUCCAGUGGUGCAGAUGGUCAGCUGGCCACACCUCCACCACCACUUUCUGAUGCCACCAAGCCCAAGUCCUCCUUACCUCCUGUGAGUGAUGCCCGCAGUGAUCUGCUUUCAGCCAUCCGUCAAGGCUUUCAGCUGCGCAAAGUUGAGGAACAACGGGAACAAGAAAAGCGUGAUGUCGUGGGCAAUGACGUGGCCACUAUUCUGUCACGACGCAUUGCUGUUGAGUACAGUGACUCGGAAGACGACUCCUCUGAGUUUGAUGAGGACGACUGGUCGGAUUAGCUUUCUGCUUGCUGCCCACCUCCUUCUCCUGCUGUCCUUCCUGCCUGCCUUCUUUGACUCCUACCCCAAAAGUUCUACUGAGGAAAAAAAAAAAAAAAAAAAAGGAAUUUCAAGGGGCCAAAGCCUUACAGCAACCAAAGAUAUAUCCAAGUGCUUCCUCCAUGUAUCCCAUCACCGUGUAUCCCCCUCUCCCCGCAGCUAGGCACAGGGGGGCUUCUGAGGUUCAGUGGCUUAGAUGUUCCUACUUCCCUUCAAGUGACUGUUGCAUAUUUAAGAGGGAAGAACCCCUAAAGCACAUCUCUUGGGUUAAUUUUUAGAUUAGAGUCGGUGUCUUUCCAAAGGAGCCAUUUUCAACGGUGGUCUUUCUCAAUAUCUUUGCCCUCAGCUACUUCAAUUAGUAGCCACCUUUUGCUUCUGCCACCUUUUGUUUCUGUAACCUGCAUGCCCCGCAGCUAGACUGCUGACCUGCUGCCCCCACCAGCAGGGCAGCUUACCUUAUGCUCAGCGCUCUCUGUCUGGACACCCUUUAUUCUAGGAGCCAUAAAGCCCCCAAAGACUCUCACCCCCCUGCCCAGAAAAUAUGCCUUUCUAAAUACUGAGGUUCUUGCCUCCCCCUCAGGUGUCUGCUCGCUCGAUCUCUCCCUCCCUCCCUCCUGAAUGCGGAGUCCAGGUGUCCUUUAGAUCCCCCCCCACCUCUGUGUGCCACUGGGCACCGUAGCCCGGUUUCGACCUCCAAUAAUCAUGACCAAACCAGCCAUGACACUCAGGAGUCUGGGCCUCUGCCGUCUGUCAGGAGCUGAGCUUAGACCUGGAACUGUCAGGCUGGGAAACUGAUGGAACUCCUUGGACCCUGCCCUUUUAAUCAUGCUGAAGACGAGCUAGAAAGUGACUUGUUCAAGGUCACACAGUUAGGUGGUGGCAGCUCGGCCCAGAGUUCCUGAUUCCAAGUCACUUGUGUUUUCUGGGACCAAGUGGAGGGUACCUGCUGGAACCUGGGCAGACUGGUCUUGGCUCUGUGCUCCACCAGCCCAUGCCAUGGGGGUGGGGGUGGUGUCCACUGCGGGGGAGCUCAGGGCUUGUGCCAGGCUUGUCAGUGCAGCUCAGACCCUCACAGCCUCUCUUCAUUGUCUCGUUCCUCUUUCCUGUUACCAGCCAGCAACAUGGCCUGGGGAGCUGGACCCUUCUGGGACCAGAGGUAGUGAGAAAAAGAAGCGGGUAGGCAGCUUUGACAGGUGCUGUUUUCAAUUCCUCUGCAACUCCCUUCUCAGCCCCCCAUCAUUUUUAUUUCCCCAAUUUAAGCAUAGGUUCUGCCAACUGUAGAAACUUCAGUCCCUCCGGCUGGCAGCCACUGCAGGUAGCUGCCUGGGGGGGCCUGGCAGCCCUGAGGAGGGCUGAAAGGCAGAGGGACUCUGGGUCUUGUUUGCAGCGCCCCUCAGUGCACACAGCGAUGCCCUCCUGCACUCCCCCCUUUUCCCAGAGCUAAUACACAGGUGCUAUUAUUGGGGGCAGAGGGAGGGAGAGAAAAAAAAUGCUGGUCAGCUUUGGCCAACACUGAGUUUCUUCUCUUCUGCCCUGACUAUUGUGUAGCCUCUUAUGCUGAAACCGGCUUCUCCUGGCUUCUCCAGCAUUCAGAGCCCUGAAACAAAGAGAAACAGGAUCUGUCUACCCAGCACAGCAAAUGGUUGCAGUAAUUGCCAAAGCCCUCGUAAACCCCUCCGGCUUGAGGAGAAUGUGUAAUCGUGGGUACUGCUGCUGUGCCUUGGCUGAGUCCCCCCACCCUUGAACUCAGGGUGUGGGCACUGAGGCUGUAGGUGUCAGCAUGCCCUCCUGCCCGGGCUGCCCCAUAGCUGCCCUCCAUCUCCACAGAUAGGUGUCUGGCACAGGGCUGGCAGGCUCCUGAGCUGAGCAUACAGGGCUGUGUGUGUUGUCAUCCUGUUUCCCACCCUGCACUUGAAAGCCGAAGGUGCUUUCUUCAGAACCCUAAAAUGGCUGUCAGAGAUGCCCCCGGCUGCAGCCCAGCCAUGGCUGGAGCGGCAGACAAAGCAGUGGUUCUCCCAAAUAGGAGUCCUGGGGCCUGGCCAGGCUAGGGUUUGGGCCUAAUGGCUUUGACUAAAUUACCCCUCCCCCUCCUUUCCGGAAAAGGGGGAGCCAGUACCACUGCUAUCAUUCUGCUCUGACCUUGAAGGGGGGUGUUGUUGGCCUGGCUUCUGGAAUGGACAGCAUCCUCAGUGGAAAGGGCUGGGGGCAGGGGGAGGUGGGGAGGGGCAGUGCCUGUGGAAGGUAGGAUUAGAUCAUUAGCUCAGUGACCUCCUAGGGUUUCGAUGUGCUGUGUUCUCAUCCUACAGCUGGUUUGGUAAUGAUCUGCAAGUCCCGGAGAGCAACAGCACUGCUCUGCCUGACGCUCUCAUUAAAAUCCAUGCAGCCAGGCUCGGCGCUUUGUAGCAUUUGUAGCAGCCGGCCUAGCGAAGCCUCAGCUCCUGGGGGCUGGGGACCCAGUCAGCCGAGAGGAGAGGCCCUCUGGGCUGUACUUAUGCAUAUGUGCACUAAAAAGGAAAAAAAAAAUGCUUCUUUAAACCCAGAGCCCUUUAAGAUGAUAAAGGACCCUGUGCAGGUAAUUGUGUGGUGUUUUUUUGUUGUUGUUUUUUUUGGAAUACUGUAAUUAUAGAAUGCAAAGUUUGGUGAUUAUUUAAACUGGACUGAGGAUGGUAAGAGUAUGAAAUAAUGGCCCAUAAGGACUCAUAACCACUGAGACCGAGAAGCCAUCUCCCUUCCUGGUCUGCCCAGCCCAGGGGAUCUGCCCCCAUUCUUGUGGCCCAGAGGCCCUGCUUCCAGUCGACAGUGUCAGGAGUGACUUGUGGCUCUGCCGUGGCUUUGAGAUGAGUACAUUCCAAAGGAACACCCACCCACGGGGAGGGGACAGGUUCAACCAUCCUCUUGGAGGCUCAGAACAGCUGCCCGAGCUCCAGCUCGCCUCCCACAGAAGCUCGAGCGCCCUCAGAAACGACCCUGGCCAAUGUCACCGCAGAGCCGAGGCGAUGUUGUCAGGGCUAAUGUGAAAUCUCUUCCCGUGGCGCCGAUCCUCCGACUCUGCUGCGCCAGCUUGGACAGAUUGAGGUCUCUGUGGCUUUGGUGACCCUGCUUAAGCAUUCCCACCAUGUCCCAGCUCUGCUCUCUGCCUGCCUCCCACUGUAGCCGCCCCCCAACCCCCACACACACACCUGACCUCAGAGCCUGGGAGGGAAGGGGGGGCAGUUUUUCAAGACCAGAGGCUUUUGCUCAGGAGAAAUGUCCGACUUGGAGUGGGGGUUAGGGGUGUCCUGCUUUGAGCCCUGCUGGGGCUCCAGCUGACCUGGGACCAGGUGUUACCCAUAGAUAUGUCUCAUUCUGUGUCUCAGUGCCUCAGAUCUAGGGAACAAUUUUGUUAUUGUAUUAACUAUUCAUUUAACUCACUUAAGAAACUAACCAAUAUUUACUUUCUGUCUAGAAUGAUGUACAUGUAAGAGAAUAAUGCUCCCAAAGUGCCUUGUUUCUCUGAUAUAUUUAUAAGGACCUAUUCCAAUGAAGUUUUGGAUGUGUUUGGCUCAUCUGAGAUUUUAGGGUGUGCGCAUAUAUGUUGUGGAGAUACAGUCUGAAAGGGGGCCACUUUCCAGCAGCAGAAAAGGACUUCAGCCAGAAGUCUAAGCAGUGGGGCGAAGUCACACCCUGGAAGCGACCCUUUCCUCUCCUCUCUUCACAGGUCCUUAGAAGGACACCCAGUUUUUUAAUGCUCUAUGGCUGCAAGCCUGGUCUUUGUCUCCCUGCCAGGCUCAGAUUUGUACCCCAGUUACCUAAAGAUUCCAUGUAACUGUUUUAUGAAUACAUGCAGAUUCGUCAAUGCCAACAUUUAAAGUACUUUGAUAAAGUC